UUGGGUUUUCAUUCCAAUCCGCCAUGGCGAAACAACGUUCAUUACUCAACGUUAUAUCAUUGGAAGUCAGUUUACUUGAUCAAAUCAUGAUUAUGACGUCACACCUGACCAACCUGAAGAUUAAGCAGAAAUUGGAGAUUUUUCGUGUGAUUAAAGACGAGUGUAUAUCGAUCGUUCUUCAAGUACAAGGCAAAGUGAAAUAUAGCUCUAAAGACUAUAAAUCAAAUAGAUGUAGCGGGCAGACAUGGAAGAUACUUCGACUGUUACAGAAAAUAAUGGAUCGGGACAAAAAAUGGACGGUGGACAGAACUAUGUCGAUGAAAAUAGUGGACCAUAUGAUACGUUUGAAUACGGCCAGCUCAGAGCGCCAAGAAACUCUUGAAGCAAAGAUACACCCACUUAAAUGGAUCUUCUUGGAAUGUCUUGGAUUCUUUUCCUUUUUUGGAGUUUUGUUAUUACAGGCUUACUCGUACAAAAUGGAGUUAGCAAUGUGCAUAAUAACAGUCUUUUCGAUAUCUUUACUGUGUUAUGUUGUGGCAGAUCUGGAUUCUCCAUUCAAUGGAUUUUUCAAGAUUAACCUAUCAUGUCUGCAUGAGAUCAUUGACAAAUCUGAAGAUAUGUAUUUAUGUGCACUGGACAACAAGGACCCAUACCAAAUUCGAGCUGAUGAAAUCUGGCAGAAUAUCAUAGAUAUCCAUGGCAACGAACAAGGUGAUGAUGAUGAUGAAGAAGAAGAAUCUAAUUCAUGAUUGUACUGUAAAAACUCAACUCAUUAUUAAAAUAUAAUUUGG